AUGUUUUGGACGCUGUGGCCGGCCUCCUUGAACAAGACCCGCCACCGCGAGAUGCAACCCUGCUCCUGUGCAGGCACCUGGCUGGAUCUGGAGAUGGAUGAUGUGGAGACGAUGCUGCCUCUGUACCCAAUGAACGUGGCGGGCACAGGCCCCUACCACCGAUUCUUCCUGGCCCCCGCCCCGCCGGGGCAGCAGGCGGGCGCCCACGGCGGCAGCGACGCCGACCCCUGCCUGCUGCAAGUGCGGGGUAGCCCGCUGCUCGCGCACCGCCCGCCGUUGCUCAGCGUGCCGGCUGCGCCCUACCGCAUGGGCAUCGCCGCCCACCGAGUGCACGCCUGGACGCCCGGCCACCAGCUGGCCCUCACUGCUCUGCUGCCGUGCAUAUCCCCCGGGGCUGCGGUCCUGGACGUGGCUGGCAGCGAGUUCAUUCUGGGGCCCGAGGAGGCGACGCUGGCACAGCUGGGUGUGACGCCCGCCUGGCGGCUGGAGGUGCAGCAGGGCCCGCUCGACUGCUCCCUGGCGCUCUCGGUUGUGCUGCCCUCUGGCAAGAUUGAGUCGACGGCUGCUGCACUGGUGGUGCAGCUGAGCAGUCUGGCCACAGGCGCCCUCGCUGCAGCCCAGCAGCAGCAGCAGCAGGAGAAGGGCGGGGCUGCCACUGCGGAAGCCUCCCUGUCUGCUGUGCAGCAGCUGAUGGCAGCCGUGGCACCAGGCAUGCAGGCCUGCAGCCAGCUGCUGGCAGUGGCCGCGGCAGAGGCGGCUGCAGGACCACCGCCGCGCCCGGUGGCCGAGGCCGGAUGCCAGGUGGGCAGCGGCGGCAGCAGCAGCGCGGGUGUGCAGACCGAGGCGCCCCCAGCUGCGCAGGUGCAGACGCUUGGCGGCAGCAGCGCAGCGCUGCUGCUGGAGGCCAGCCGCGGCACCCAGACAGAUGCAGGGCUGGGGCCAGGGGUGGGGGAUGCAUGGACGCAGACCGACCGGCCCGACAUGGUGCGCCAGUGCGGCCUGUGCGGGCGCAGCCCACACAACACCCCAGGCGUCAAGCUGCACCAAUGCAUCUGCCAGGCCAUCUACUACUGUGGGCAGCCCUGCCAGGAGCGGGACUGGGCGGUGCACAAGAGGUACUGCACUAUCCUGCGCCGUUACUUGCAGCCGUGGUGA